AGAGAAGAAAGAACAAACGAAAGAAGUUUUCGGACAGAGAGAAAAGAAAGAGAAAAAAAAAAAGUCUUUGAGAUUUUUUUUCUCUUUCUUUCUUUCUUCCCAUUUUGUUCUCUCUUGAAGUUUCCGUUCUUCUUGUUCUCCGUUUGUUUCGGUUUCGAAAUCUCGGUCGGAAUCGGAAUCGGAGUUGUUUUUGUUACAGAAAUGGCUUUUAUUUCGUUCGUCGGAAGAGUUCUCUUCGUUUCGGUCUUCGUUCUCUCUGCUUGGCAAGAGUUCAAUGAUUUUGGUACUGAUGGAGGGCCGGCGGCUAAGUAUCUAAAGCCAAAGUUCAAUGUUUUCACUCGCAACUUUGAAGCUCAUACUGGGUUGGAUUUCCCAAAAGUUGAGAUCCUACAUCUUGUGGCUGGUGCCAUUGCACUGAAGGGCUUAGGAAGCCUGCUCUUUAUCUUCAACAGCUCCAUUGGAGCCUUUCUUCUGAUCUUGCACCAGGCCAUUACCACACCCAUCUUGUACGAUUUCUACAACUACGAUGUCGAGAAGAAGGAAUUCAACCAACUUUUUGUGAAAUUCACUCAGAAUCUGGCAUUGUUGGGAGCAUUGCUGUUCUUCAUCGGUAUGAAGAACUCGAUUCCAAGGAGGCAAGUAGGAAAGAAGAAUCCCAAGUCAAAAACAUCAUAGAUUAUGGCGGAGGAAUGAAUGGAUCAACUGAGGGGAGAGGUGUAUGUUUAUCUUUUCUGUAGGACUCUUUUUGGAACUGAAUUGAACACUUAUAUGAUCAUCUCUUUUAGUUUUUUCUUUCUUUCAAGCAGUAGGGAAGUAAAAUGGGGGGUUUUGUAUUUUUGGAGGUUAUGGUAUGUUCUAUUUUCUCUUUAUGGACUUGAGGAUAUUUUUGUAUUUUGAAGUUAAGAGGGGUUAUGUGAUUGUAAUGAAAGUUCUUUCACAUAAUUUUGAAGUUUCUA